AUGGCGACGCCACCGCAGAGUCCCACGCACGGCCCUCCGCUCCCUUCCGGUCACCUCCAACCGUCUCCUGCCAGCAGCUGCCAGCUCCCAGGCCGCGGGGCGCCGCCGAGCUCUCCACGCGGUCCGGGCCGGUGGCGAAACGACCCUCGAGAGCGCGCGGCUCCAGGCCGGAAGUUGCAGGCCACAUCCCGGAAGCUGCUAGCCAAUCAUAGAAAGCUUCCGGCCGAUCGCCGGAAGCUGCGAAUCUCGCCCCGGAAACGCAAAGGUGUGCCGGGAAAGAUGGCGGCCGCGGGAGAGUCGGCGGCGGCGCCGGUGUGCGUUUUGGUGCUGGGUAUGGCUGGCUCCGGGAAAACCACCUUCGUGCAGUGCCUCGCGGCCCACCUGCACGGCCAGCGCUGCCCACCUUACGUGAUCAACCUGGACCCUGCCGUGCACGAGCUGCCUUUCCCCGCCAACAUCGAUAUCCGGGACACUGUGAAGUACAAAGAAGUCAUGAAGCAAUACGGGCUGGGCCCGAAUGGUGGAAUAGUGACCUCUCUCAAUCUUUUUGCUACGAGAUUUGAUCAGGUGAUGAAGUUUAUCGAAAAACGACAAAAUGCAUCCAAGUAUGUUAUCAUUGACACACCAGGACAGAUUGAGGUGUUCACGUGGUCGGCAUCAGGAACCAUCAUAACUGAGGCACUGGCUUCCUCUUUUCCUUCAGUUGUUGUUUAUGUGAUGGACACCUCUCGCAGUACCAACCCUAUCACCUUUAUGUCCAACAUGCUCUAUGCCUGCAGUAUCCUGUACAAGACAAAGCUGCCUUUUAUUGUUGUCAUGAACAAGACAGACAUAAUUGAUCACAGUUUUGCAGUAGAAUGGAUGCAGGACUUUGAGACUUUUCAGGAUGCUCUGAAUCAGGAGACUUCCUACGUCAGUAACCUGACUCGUUCUAUGAGUUUAGUGCUGGAUGAGUUUUACAGUUCACUGAAGGUGGUUGGUGUCUCUGCUGUGUUAGGCACAGGACUGGAUGAUUUUUUUGUUCAGCUCUCUAAAGCUGUAGAAGAAUAUGAGAGGGAAUAUCGUCCUGAAUAUGAGCGCCUGAGGAAAACAUUGGAGAAGGCUCAAAAUAAACAAAAGAGGGAUCAGCUGGAGCGCCUUCGGAAGGACAUGGGCCCUGUGUGUAUGCAGGGCAACACACUUGCAGGGUCUGAUGAUGCUUCUGCAAUGGGUCCCUCUGAGCUGAUCUUAACACGAGGAAAUCUUGAUGAGGAUGAAGAAGAGAGGGAGAGUGACACUGAUGACAUCGACCAUGAAGUUACUGAGGAGAGUCACGAAGAACCAGCUUUCAAAAACUUUAUGCAAGAAACACGGAUGAGAUACCAGAGAAGAAGCAAUGAGAAUGAAUGAGACACCCAGAAAUAAAUGGCUUGAAAUUCCUUGAAAUGGAAUCAAAGGUGAAGGAACAGCAUAAAGAAAGCUGCAUGGAAACAUGCAUGAAGUCUGAAGUCCCUGAACAGCUUCCUCUGAUAUAUUGUACCUUUCUGCAGUAACUGUUGGUCAUAUGAGAGUUUUCUAUCUGACUGCACAUUUGGCCAUCUGCUACAAAGUCACAGAACCUGGGGAGUUGGAAGGGACCCCUGGAGAUCCCCCAGUCCAAGCCCUGCUGAAGCAGGUUCCCUAGAGCAGGUUGCACAGGAAAGUGUCCAGGUGGGUUUGAACAUCUCCAGAGGACACUCCACCACCUCUCUGGGCAGCCUGUUCUGGAGCUCUGCCACCCUUGCAGUAAAGAAGGUUUUUUUUUUUCUGAUGUUUGUAUGGAACUUCUGUUUUCUCAUUUGUGCUCAUCGCCCUUUUUCCUGUUGCUGGGCACCACCGAUCGGAGCCCCAUCCUCCUGACCGCUGCCAUUCAGAUACCGAUCAGCACUGAUCAGAUGCAGCGGUGGAUUUGAACGUGACCGCUCUGCCCCGCCAGUCCUCCAGGACUUGAUGUCAUCGGUCCUUGCAUGCGUGCGGAAGUAGCGUCCUCUUGCUGAAUGAAGCCUCGGAGCCAGCGGGUCCGCCAAUCUCUAUACUCUUCCAUAUGGCAACACGCAUGCGCGUUGGGACGCGGAAGUGGAUUAACUGCUGCAGCCACUCUGCCGCCAGUCUCGAUGGUGAAAGGUCCUCCAGGCUCUACUAGGCAUGCGCGCGGAAACGCGGAAGCGGCGCCUUUGCUGCAACGCGCGGGUCGCUCCCGUGUGAGCUUCAGGUUCUCCACUUGCGGAUAAAAACAGUUUUACUUAAAUGAGGAUAAAGAAUUAUUUUGUGAUCCCUAUACCGAAAUUUCCUCCUUAAUCCUCUAAAUAUAUGAAACAAUUAUAACAAAAUUAUUCCAGCCAAAACAGUUGCGUAUUUUAAAAAAAUAUAUUUUAAGCUUAAAA